UGUGUUUUUAAUAUAAAAUGUUAUUGUACCUAGAUCGUUGAUGCAAUUAAGAUAAAUCAAAGGACAGAGUAAGAUAAAUACAAUGUUACAUAGAUUAAAUUAUUAGUUAAUACUGUUCAAAGUGCAGUUAAGAUUAGAGAUAAUAAGUCUUCUCUUUUCUAAACAACUUUGUUUACUGGAAAUGUCGCAAUACGGGAAGUUCGGUCCUUUGGUUGGAGCGAUAGAUGAGGGAACUUCGAGCGCGCGUUUUAUUAUAUUUAAAGUGAAUUCGUGUGAAGUUGUGGCGACACAUCAAAAAGAAAUAGAACAACAUUUUCCUCAAGAAGGAUGGGUGGAACAAGAUGCAUGUGCGAUACUGAAUGUCGUAAUUACAUGUAUCAACAAAGCGGUUGAACAGUUAGUAUCGUUAGGUGGAAGUCCAAGGGACAUAAUUGCGAUUGGGGUAACCAAUCAGCGAGAAACCACAAUUGUAUGGGAUAAAUAUACGGGUAAACCUCUCCACAAUGCUAUUGUAUGGCUGGAUAUGAGAACAUCUUCAACAAUUGACAAGCUGCUUGAUUUAGUGCCAAACAAGACAAGGAACAAAAACUAUUUAAAGCCAUUAUGUGGAUUGCCAAUGUCCCCCUACUUCAGUGCAGUCAAAUUAAGAUGGUUGGCAGAUAAUGUAGAUACAGUGAAGCAAGCUUUGAAGAAUGGUUCAUGCUGCUUUGGAACUGUUGAUACCUGGAUCAUUUGGAAUUUAACAGGUGGUGUGAACGGUGGAAAACAUAUCACUGAUGUGACAAAUGCAUCAAGAACAAUGCUUAUGAACAUUGAGACGUUAAACUGGGAUCCGUUAUUGUUGAAGUUCUUUGAAGUACCGAAAUCUGUUCUGCCUCAAAUCAAGUCAAGCUCUGAAAUCUAUGGCUAUGUUUUUGAUGGACCUCUUCGAAGCAUACCCAUAUCAGGGUGUCUCGGUGACCAGCAAGCGGCAUUAGUUGGACAAUUGUGCUUGCAAAAAGGUCAAGCCAAAGCAACAUAUGGCACUGGAUGCUUUGUACUGUACAACACAGGGGAUGUGCGUGUGAAUUCUACUAAGGGCCUUCUAACGACAGUAGCUUAUCAAUUGGGAGGGAAUAACCCACCGUGCUAUGCUCUGGAGGGCUCUGUGGCAGUAGCCGGUGCGGCUCUAGGCUGGCUGAGAGACAACAUAGGCAUGCUGGAUAACGCUAAACAGUCACAGGACAUUGCUGAAAGGGCAACGGAGAACGGUAGUGUCGUUUUUGUACCGGCUUUCAGUGGCCUGUACGCGCCGUACUGGCGACAGGAUGCGAGAGGCGUCAUAUGCGGUAUAUCAGAAGACACAAAUUCCAAUCACAUUGUGAAAGCGACCUUAGAAGCAGUUUGUUUCCAAGUUAGAGACAUAUUGGAUGCUAUGAAUGAAGACUGUGGUAUACCACUGCAAUUGAUAAAGGUGGACGGCGGUAUGACGUCCAACGCGCUGCUGAUGCAAUUGCAAGCGGAUUUAAUCGGUAUCAACAUAAUAAAAGCCGGUUUUACUGAGAGCACAGCAUUGGGAGCAGCCCUAGUUGCGUAUUGGGGACUCGACCAAACCACACAAGUGUCAUCCAUCGAUAUAAAAAAUGGCGUUAUAUAUUCGCCGAGUAUUAGCGACGAUGAACGUGAUAUGAGAUAUAAGCAGUGGAAAAUGGCGGUAGAGAGGUCGCUAGGCUGGGUGCAGAAUUAGUUCAAGUGUAGCCCACAAAUUUCGACGUUGAGGUGAAUCGUAAAUGAUAUUCAGACUCAAACUCAAACUCAAACAUUUAUUCAUUCAACUAGACUUCUUAUAGAAGCACUUUUGUAUCGUCAUAUUACACAGUUAUAACAUUUACCGGUUCCGGAAGGCAGUUUCUACAGAGAAAAGCC